AAAAGCAAGGGAUGGGGGCUGUUUCCAUUGUUGGCUUUUCCCUGCAGGAGCUGUGUUUUGAAGACAAUGUCUGGAAGCUACUACCUUAUAAUUGCUGGCCACCACGGUAAUCCAGUUUUUGAAAUGGAAUUUUUGCCAGCUGGAAAAGCAGAAUUCAAAGAUGAUCAUAGGCAUCUGAACCCGUUCAUAGCUCAUACUGCUCUCGUAGAUGAGCAUAUGUGGCUCUCCAACAACACGGGCUUGAAAUCUGUCGACAAGCUCAAUGAGUGGUCUGUUUCAGAGUUUGUUUCUGCAUGUCAUAUGAGAUUUAUUAUGCUUUGGCAUAAUAUUAGGCAAGAAGAAGGAAUAAAGAACUUCCUUAUGGAUGUCUAUGAUUUUUACAUAAAGUUUGCAAUGAAUCCAUUUUAUAAACCAAAUUCUCCUAUCUGACCAAGAGCAUUUGACAGGAAAGUUCAGUUUCUUGGGAAGAAACACCUUUUAAGUUGAAUGCAGAAAAA